GUACUCUCCGAGCGCACGAAAGCUUGGUUUCUGGCUAUCCGCUACGAUUGUGUGUUUCGUGGGCAGGCGCCUCACUACAUCGAAUCCGAAUACGAGCAGCGCCUCGAACCAACGAAUGAAGUGAACGAACCAUCUCGAGUGGGUGAGCCAGUUCAGUUCUAGCCUUUACUUUGCCUUGUCGCUGUUGCUUUACGCAGAGUAAUCCUGCCAGCUGGGUCGGGCUCUCGAACGGCAAAGUACUGAGUGUCGCACUCGACGUCUCACUCGAGUAGACCCAACCAAGAGAGGCACGAAGAAGCGGAUUACUACAUAUAUAAAGAUCUGUAUUCUAUUAACCUAAAUCAGCAGUGUGCACUGCCUCCUAACAUUUUUCUGCUUUCUUAUUUCUACUACCACUGUACAACUGGUGCCUGGGAACUUCUGAUGAGCUCCGAAGCUCGAACACCAAUUUUGUCAAGGAGGGAAAGCCCAGCAGCGUGACGUUUGGGGUAAUUGCGUGCCUGCUCGGCUCCAGCACCAAUGGCCCUUUCGUUACAGUCGUGGAUGCGAUAUACGCAAGAGCCGGGGAGCGGCCCAGCCCCGGCGGCUGCAGCAGCGCCCGAGGUGCGGCUUCGCCAUACGCUGCUGGCGCAAGGAGUGGCGGCUGCAGCCUGCCUGGCGUUCGUGGCACGGAUGCUCGCAACCCCGGUCGCAGGCACCCGGGAACGGCACCCGCAAGCAGGCACGGCCGCGGUUAUGCUGCCACUGCGGGGGCCGCUGCUGCUGGCCGCGAUCGCCCUCGCCGCAUUGCUGUGGCAGCGGUGGAGCCGCCGGCAAGGCGACGGCCGCACCGCGGCCAGGUCGCUCGACGCCGCAGCGGCCGCAGCCUCAGCCCCAUGCCCAUCUGCGGCGGCUGCGCGCAGUGCCGCGACGGAAGCCUCACAGGGGCCGCACAGAGCGGCCGGCGCCGGCAACAUGAUUGUUGCGCCUGCCGUGACAGCGCAGCAUGCAGCGCGUGACGCUCCGCAUGGCACGCAGCGGGAACAACAGCCCCCGCCCGGAGCCCGGCUCGACGCGAAGGCUGGUGGCGCAAAGGGCCACAACAGGGUUCCAGUAGUGGCACCCGGUAGUGCCGCUGCAGCCGCGGCCCCCGGCAUCGCUGCACGGGGGGUGCCGCGUCCCGGGGGUAACCGGCGGCUGUAUCGGGGAUGCCUGGCAGCGUCGCGCCUCGCUGCAGCCACGCCACUUGCCGCCGCACCUGCAACCAGACCACCCGCCGCAGGCGGCAGCGCCCCGGCCACGGCCGCGGCCGGGGCGGGCAGCAGCAACAGCGGCGCGAGUGUGCUCCUGUUAUCCAGCGAUGGGCAGAGGCCGGUGCAACAGGGGCAAGAGAGUGAGGAGGUGCUGAGGGCGGGCGCUGCUGCGGUGACGGCAACGCCAGCGGGAGGCCGCGGGUCCGUGCCGCUGCGUGUCGUGGCCAUGCCGCCGCGCCGACUAGCUGCCAUCACCGCGGCCGCGGCGGCCGAGGCCGGCUGCGGCUGUAGCAGUGCCGGCAGCACCGGCAGUAGCGCCCUGCACGACGCCGACUUCUCCUCACUGCCCAGCUGCAGCACCUGCGGCAGCUGCAGCUGCAGCAGCAGCGGCAGCUGUGGCGGCGGCAGCGGCAGCAGCAGCGGCCGCGGCAGCGCCGGCAGCGGCAGCAGCCUCAGCCAGCGCAGCAGUGUGCACCUGCUGGCCCAAGAGGUGGAGCUGCUGCAGGCCGCGGCCGGCGCUGGCGCUGCUGGUGCGGUGGCCGUGGCGGUGGCUUUGCGUGAACUGUCGCCGCUGGCGAGUCGGCCGCUGGAUGAGGAGGGGUAUGCGGAUGUGGACGCGGAGAGCGGCCUGUUGUCGCCGCGGCUGCUCGAUUGCAUGCUGCAUACCUCAGCGGCAGCGGCUAGCGCAGGCCCGGGUGCAGCGCGCAGGCCCUCCGCCGCCUCCGGGGACGGUACUGCAUCUGCUGUAGCUGCGGCAGGCGGUGCGGCGGUCGCGCGAUCUGCGGCCGGCCCUGAUGCCGGCGACCGGAUGCUCACCAGGUUCGUCCGGCACCACCACCACCACCACCAGCAGCAGCAGGAGCAGCAGCAGCAGCAGCAGCAGCAGGAGACGCAGCAGGAGACGCAGAAGGUGCAGGGGCAGGUGCGGCAACAGACGCAGCAGCCGCGGUCGCCAGCCUGUACGGGCUCGCAGCCUCCGCAGCCGGCGGGAUCCCCGGGCGCAGCGGGCUCCGGCCCCCGCGCCUACAGCCCGCGCACCGCGCUGCAGACCAUGCGCAUCAAGAUCAGCGGCGGCGCCGAGCCCGAAAUGAUCCCGCCUGGGUACGAGCAGCGGGUGGCGACGGUGACGGCGGCGGCGGGGCUGCGCCUGGAAGGCGUGUGCGUGCGCCGCGGCUGCAUCGAGGUGACCAUUGACGCGACGGCGUGGCCUGCGGCCGCGCUAGCGGCCUGCACGCUGUCCCACCCGCCCCGGGUCUCUGGCAGCCUGUCGGCGCAGCGGCUGCGGGCCGCCGAUGUGGUGUCGGUGCUGCAGCUGCCGAAACGCGGCGGCGGCGGCGGCGGCUAUCCGGUGGAGGUGCUGUCGGAGCCGGUGACGGCCGUAGCCGCAGGAAAGGCCGCGGCCGCGGCCAUUGAGGGCAUCCGGCGGAGCGGUGACGGCCGUGACGUUCGCCGGCCGCUGGCCGCUGCCGACCAGUCGCCGGUGUGGCGGCUGGAGCAGCCGCCGCCGGCCGCGCCGCCGCCGCCGCGGGCGGCGCUGCUGGACGCGCAGCCCUACGUCAUCGGCCUCCAGCAGCCCACGGCGGCGGCGCUGGAUGUGGCCCCGGCGCCGCCGCAUGACGACCUGGCGGCCGUGCUGACUGGCCUGCUGCCAGGGGCGGCAGCGGCGGCGGCGCCGCCGCAGUGCGUGACGCUGGCGGUGCUGGCCUGGAGCUCCGACGGCGCGGUCCCGGAGCUGACGGCACGCUUCCGUGGCGUGUCACUGCCGCUGACUGCCCAUUUGGUACCGUGCGACCCGCCGUCACCUGUGCAGCUACAGCCGCAGCCACAGCCGCAGCCGCAGCCGCAGCUGCAGCCGCAGCCGGACCAGCAGCUGCACCUUGAGCCGCAGUCGCAGCCGCAGCUGCCUGCGAACGAGGUGCGGCCGGCUCUGCAGCAUGGGCCUGCCACGGGCGAGGACCGUGCCACUACCACUGCCACUGCCGCCGCCGGCACCACCGCCACGGUCAUGGAGACCGCCGCCGUCAUGGCUGCCGUCAGCGCCACACUGACGUCGGACUCCGAUAACGACGGUGAUGGCGACGAAGAGGGCUCUGUUCACGGCGGCGCGCUGGGCCUGGGCGUCGGCGGCCGUAGCACCUGCAGCGUCUUGCUCAGCGGCAGCGGCGGUGUCUCCGCCGCCGACGGCCCCCUGCAUGGCGGCUACUUCUUCACAGGCGGCGUGACGGUGACGCUGCCGCUGCCGGGGCCGACGCCGCCCGCGCCCGGGCUGCUGCUCCUGGAGGCCAGGCCGGCCGGCAGCACCAGCGCCGGCGCCAACUCGUACAGCGGCAGUGGCGGCGGCGGCGGUGGCGGCGGCAGCGGCUCACUUGAGGCCGCCGCAAGCGCACUGCUGAUGGCAGCAGCGCCUCCCCAGUCGUCAUCUUCAUCUGCGCCGCUGCCGCUGCCGCCGCCACAAUCGCUGGCGCCGUCGCCGCUGGACUCGGAGCCGGUGUUUGUGCUGUGCCUGGAUGACGUGGACGUGGCGGGGGAGCUGCAGGCCCUGCUGGCGGGGCUGGUGGGGCUGGAGGGAGCCGAGCUGAGCGGCGCCGGCGCCGGGGGUAACGUGGCGGCAGGUGCCGGUAGCCGCGUGGUUGGCAGUGCUGAGUUCCUGGAGCAGGUGGACGGCCUGCUGUGCGACCUGUCCGUCUUCUUCAGCCGCGCGGCAGCAGUCCUGGCGCCCGCGCCGGCAGCGGCGGCUGCGGUGCCGGCCGGGGCCGCCGGCCGCACUGCGGCUCCGCCGGUGCCGGUGCCGGUGCCCGAGCUACGGCGCAUCAUCGAGCUGGGGGAGCACCUGGCAUCGUGGCUGCAGCAGCUGCUGCCGCAUCCGGAUCCGGAUCCUCAACAAGCCAGCGAAGCUGAUGGCCAGCAGCAGCAGCAACAGCGGCAGCAGCAGCAGCAUCGCCCGGGCUCGCCAGUGGCAUCCGGCGGCCUGGCGGCGACCAUGCGGCGGAUGCGGCGUGACCUUCGCGGCCUGAGGCAGCGGCUGGCGGAGGCGGAGCAAGGGGCGGAGGCGCAGGCAGAGGCGGAGCAAGAGGCGGCGGCGCAGGCAGAGGAAGCCGCUGUGCAGGUGUGGGAGAGCGAGGCAGGGGCGGAGGCGCGGGCGCCUGGCGAUGGCGGCACGCAGGCCGCGGCCGAGGCAGCCAUCGUCGCAGCGGCAGUGGAAGAGGCAGGUGCAGUGGCCGAAGCGGAGGACGAGGCAGAGGCUGUGGCAGCGAUGGCGGAAGCCAUGGAUGUCUGGAAGGCAGCAGACAACGCCGAUGCGGCGGCAGCGGCCAAGGACGCAGGGCCGGAGGCGGCUUCCGUAAAGUCUGUGGAAGGGCCCACUUUCCAACACCGCCACCCGCAAUUCCACGGCACACCGGGCGUUGCACCCGCCGGCGCCGCGCCCACCGCAUCCGCCUCGGCCGCUGCGGCCGCGCCUCCUGCCCCGCCUCAGCCGCGUUCCGCCACGUCGCUGGCAGCCGCGGCUCGGCGGCUGCCGGGCGCGUGGGUGGCUGCGUCGGCUGCGCUGUCGGAGCCCGGCUACCAGGCCUACCUCACGGAGUACUGCGCCUGGCAGUGCCCAGUCACGGACGGUAUGGGCAUCCUGUGUGUGGGCGGGCUGCUGGCGCGUACCUGGUCCGAGCCCGGCUGGGCGGAGCGGCCGCUGGGGGCGCUGCUGCUGCACGGCGCACCCUGCCUCCUCACACUGGCCAGCAGCGCGGUCACAUGCGGCGCCGCGCCCUUCAUGCACAGGCAGCAGUGGGCCCAGCUGGUCCGGCGCUGCAUGGUCCCCCGCUACAUGUCCUUCUGCCUGGGUCUGGUCCUGGGCACGCUGUACGAGGCCGUACUGGGUCUGGACCUGCCGCCCGCCAUUGUGGCCUACCACGCCCGCCUGCCGGACGUCAUCAUGGGCGAGGCGGUGGUGCUGUGGCUGACCAUGGUGGUGAUGCCGCCCACGGCCUUCCUGAUGGCAGCGGUGCGCAUCCCCGCCCACUUCGCCAUGUGGCGCACCGUGGGCACACACGCCAGCGCCGCGCGGGCCGCGGCGGACGCGCUGCUGCUGGCCGCCAUCAGCGUCGCCGUCAACGCCGCCAUGCACGUGGUGCUGUACGCGCAGUACCGCCGCCGCAUGCGGCGCCAGCUGCGAGGCCAGGGCGGCAGGGCGGCAGCGGCGGCGGGGGUCGCGGCGAGGGCACGGGAGGAGUUGCACGGGCUGGAGCAGCAGGGCCCGGCGGGGUCGGGGGCAGCGGCGAGCCCGGUGCGGGAAAAGACAGAGUAACGAGAGGUUGGCAGAAGAGGGGUGCUGAUGCGGGUUCGGACGUCGGGUGCGGGCGCAGGUGCGCGCACACGCAAUGUCGCAUGCGUGCGGCCCGGAAGCCACACAUGCGUGAGAGUGCUUCGACGUCCUCGCCGAAUAGGCGUUGUCACAUCGCUUGGCGUGCACACAGGCGACACGAAAGCUAUCUCGUUUUGCGAGGGCGACUGCUCGACACUCGUGCUCUGAUUGGUGAAUACGAUAGUACCAGUACUGCUGAAGUUUAGUACCAGUAUCAACUGAAUAUUCGUACUGUAUGCAGUUUUAGCUACCGUACAACAAGAUCAAGCUACAACGCCGUGCAUAAUGUACGUCGUGGGUUACGUGCAGGGGGACAGCCCCCUGGCCUGCACUACGUGCAUUGCAGGUCAAGGGAUGGCUGUCCACGGGCACACAACAUAGUACAGAAGGCGCCAUGCGCAUGGCAUGCGGCAGGCGAGUGUGAUGGGGUAGACAGGGGGUGUCAAGGGGCACAGGUGCGAGGCAGAACGAGUGCGCAUGACAUACAAGUACGGGUACACAAGUGCGCGUGAUUGGCACUGACUACAGUGGAGUGCGUAAGAUUGUGAGGGGCCGAGGGCUGACACAGUCUGCCCGUGUAGACGUGAAGUCUGUGCUUUCUGAGGAAGGGCGUGCUUGGGCGUGUGGAUGAUGUAUACGGCAGCAGCUGGCCGCAUGUGCUGUGGAACGGUUGCGU